AUGGAGGAUGAUGAUGCUGAGGGGAAUGAUGGCUAUGAGGAGGAUGAGUAUGAAGAAGAGGAUAAUAAUGAAGGUGAAGGUGACCAGGAUAAGGAGAAGGAAUCCCGACCCUUCGUCUGUGGUGACGACGGCAAGCGGUUCAGCAGGACCUCUGACUUCAUACAGCACUGCCUCACCAAGACUGAAGAGAAACCGUUCACCUGUGCUGUCUGCGGCCAGAGCUUCUCCCGGAGCGGUCACCUCACCACCCACCGCCACACCCACACCGGUGAGAAGCCCUUCACUUGUGACACCUGUGGCAAGAGGUUCAGACAGCGCGCUCAUCUUAGGCGACACCACCUCACCCACACCAGUGAGAAGUCCUUUACCUGCAGUGACUGUGGCAAGAAAUUCAAACACAGCUCCAAACUCACCAUCCACCGCCGCAUCCACACUGGAGAGAAGCUGUUCCCCUGUGCUGUGUGUGGCAAGAGCUUCAUAUUGAGCACCCAACUCAUCCAGCACCAACUCGUCCACAGCGGUGAGAAGCCGUACAGCUGCGCCGACUGUGGCCAGAACUUCACCUACAGUUUCAGUCUCAGUGAGCACCGCCGCACUCACACCGGUGAGAGGCCGUACAGCUGUGUUGAUUGCGGCAAGACAUUCACCCACAGCUCCAGCCUAAGCCAGCACCGCAGUGUGCACAGCACUAAGUCCUUUACCUGCAGUGACUGCGGCAAGAAAUUCAAACAUAGGUCCAGCCUCACCAUCCACCACCGCAUCCACACCAGAGAAAAGCUGUUCCCUUGUGCUGAGUGUGGCAAGAGCUUCACCACGAGCACUACAUUCAUCCAGCACCAAAUCAUCCACAGUGGUGACAAACCGUACAGCUGUGCCGACUGUGGCAAGAGUUUCAGCCGCAGCUCUUAUCUCAGCCAGCACCGUCGUGUGCACAGCACUGAGAAGGCCUUCACAUGCAGGGACUGUGGAAAAACCUUCAAAACCAGCUCCAGCCUCACUAUCCACCGCCGCAUCCACACUGGAGAGAAGCUGGUCCCCUGUGUUGAGUGCGGCAAGAGCUUCACCAGGAUCAAUGCAUUCAUCCAGCAUCAACUCAUCCACAGUGGUGAGAAACCAUACAGCUGUGAUGACUGCGGCAAGCGUUUCACCCAGCGUUCCAACCUGACCACGCACCAGCGUGUGCACACUGGUGAGAAGGCUUUCACCUGUGCCAACUGCGGCAAGAGCUUCACCAAGAAGGGCUACCUUUCCAAGCACCGCUGCAGCCACACCAGAGACCAGACACUGGAGGGGAGGCACAAAUAG